AUACUUGGUUGGUAACUACACAGACUGGUGAUUUGAACACCAGGCAGCACAACUGGUGGCUGGGAUGGAGGCACCUUUGCUAGCAUGAGCUCUGGCUUCACACUCAGUUGAGGUGUGGAUGCUGAACACAUGCAGCAGAAAGCAGGAACAGAGAGCUCAUAACAUCCCACCUAACAAGCACUGAUUGAACAGGUAUAGCGAAGGCAUCCAGCUUGCAUUUACAAAGUAUUACAGUAACUGUUUUCCAGUAUUAAACCUUGACAAGGUCUAUUUGACCAGGACUGCCAAUCUCUCCAUGGCAAGUCUGACAAAGGUUGAAAUCCUGAUCUUCAAACAUAAGACAAAUUGCUGAAUAUCAUGCUGCCAAAGGACCCUUGCAGGUAGCUCAACACUAAUUUUAAUCUGUUUGAUUGAAUGUCUGUCCCUUUACUCCUUACAAUAAGAAAUCCGUGCAGCGAAGAAUACAGUAUCUCAGGGCUGAAUAACACAAUAUCUUGGGGUGGAGCAGCAAUACGCUUCAAUACACUUGGAAAAAAAUCUGUAUUUCUAACUACUUAAUGUUCUGUAAUUAGUUGAAGAGUAAGAAGAAUUGAAGCUUCAUUGCCUGGAAUUGCUGUGUGAAAGCCCAAAGUUUGGAUGGAGGAAGGUCCUUUAAAUCACUUUUGGUUUGGCAUCAGAUAGUCUUUCUUACAUGCUUAAAUAUAAAUGAAUAAAUGCAUUAUAGUACUUUGAUUUAAAUAUCUGCCGCAUUUCUUCUGUGACCAAACCACAUUCCUUUCUUUUUCAUCCAUUCCAGGAGCUAAGUGUACUAUGGAUUUAAAUAUAGUUACUAUACUUCUUUAACUGGAAAUGCAAGUUUGAAUUGUCCAUUACAAAUGUCAAAGAUAACCUGGCCCUAAAAAUACAGAAAGUUACAUUUUGUAUUUUUUUAUACAAAAAUAGUUGAUAAUGCAUAAUACAAGAACUGUAUGUCGUUAAUGUUAUACAUGUCAGUAACAACAGACAUCAGGAGACCAAAACGUUAAAGACAAAUAAGAAUACAGGCUACACAUGAAAAGGAGGAGGAAAAAGUGUAACCAUACUGUCCAUACAAACAAAUAUACGGAAGAGGAAGAACCAAAAGAGGAUUGCUUCUGAUUCUCUUGCAAAAGCUAUCCAAGGAGGAGGGAAAAGGUGAUCCAGCUAAUUCCUUCUUUGUGCAAAGUCGAUGAAUAAAGCACUUUUGCUGUAUUAGUCAAAUUAGGUCAAAAUUAUAUCAAGCACCAUGUCCAAAGAAUCAGACCAUUUUCAAACUACAGCUCGCAGAAGCAAUAAUCAAGUACUUUCAAACAUAUUCUUUAAAUCAAUAGUUUUAUUUCCCCCUCAAAAAAAAGUUCAUUUUAUUUGUUAAUUACAUUCCUCUACACAAAGUAACCCUUGUGUUUUCCUAUUAGGUUCAUACCUAUCUUCAAGCACCAGUGAACCCAGCCAUUCACUGGGAACAAAAGCACCUACAGUUCCAGCUUUCAUUGGUGGUUUCCUUUUUCACUGGACACAAGCCAGACUCAAACUGUUUGAGGGGGAAGCAGCAGACACACAUAAGCCGCUAUUUAUUUGCAAUCUUCAUACAAGACACCUGAUACAAGCCAAGAUGAAGAGAAAUCCAGGGAUUCAAUGCAUAAGAAUGGGAACUCACAAGAGCGAAAAGUUGGAGGGAUGGCAGAAAAAGAAGGGGGAGGGUGGAAACACAUGAAUUUGAUUUUCAGCUAAGGUUCCUCUCAUUUUUUUCCCAGGUGAAUGUGCUGUUGUUGCUACGCAGAGACCUGGGCAGCUCAGGUGUUCUGUGCUUAAAUCACACUGAUUUUUAACUGAACAGCUCCAGAAAAAGGACCUUCCGUCAGGACGAUUGUUCGCUGCUGUUUCCUUGCUGCAUUGAAAAGGAAAUAAUGCUCCACUCAACACUGGCCUUGUCCCUCCUGCUAAUUGCAGUCUCUUCCAACCUUGCAAUGGCAAUCAAAAAGGAAAAACGAGCACCUCAGACACUGUCAAGAGGGUGGGGAGAUGAAAUUACCUGGGUACAAACUUAUGAAGAAGGGCUCUAUCAGGCAAAAAAAAGUAACAAGCCACUGAUGGUAAUUCAUCAUUUGGAAGACUGUCAAUACUGCCAAGCACUGAAGAAAGCUUUUGCAGAAAACGAAGAGAUACAGGAAAUGGCCCAAAAUAACUUCAUUAUGCUGAACCUCAUGCAUGAAACCACAGACAAAAACCUGUCACCUGAUGGACAAUACGUGCCUCGAAUCAUCUUUGUAGACCCGUCUCUCACAGUAAGAGCUGAUAUCACAGGAAGAUACUCCAACCGGCUUUACACUUACGAACCACAAGACAUCCCAUUCUUAAUAGAGAACAUGAAGAAAGCACUGCGCCUCAUUCAGACAGAACUGUAAUCAGCAACAGUGAAAUGACCAUAGCUUCUGAGAGGUGCAGCUGCACCUCUUUGUCUCUACUAGCAUUUUGAACUCUUGCCAAGCAACUUUGGUAUAUCAGAUUUCAUAAGAAAAUUCUAUGUACAAUUUGAAGAACUAACACAGAAAGACUAUCAUAUGUCCAUUUGGAAAACAAGAGGAGAAAUCUAUUACAUAUUUUGAAAUUAGUUAUUUGAAUAACUGAAAGUGAUGGUUAUAGGCGCAGUAACUUUGAGCUGUAUUUUGUCAAUCCAGCUAUGACUUUGAUAAGUCAGCUAUGACUUCUGACCAAGAGUUAUAACCAAUCUUUUUGAUGUCUAUUUGCAAUUUGUUUUAUAAUUUAAUAGCUGCAUCUCAGCUCCCAAUUUUUAUUUUUAUUGCACGAAGCUUGUUAGUCAUUAGUGUCCCUCUGCCUUUUGCACUUAUUUCUCAUUAAAGGAAAAGAAACCUUGCUGGCAAAUCGGACAGGAAGGCUCUUCCUAUAGAUUUUGGAAUAGCUUAUAUAGAAAAAAAACCCAAUGAUCUGGACUCAGCCUUCUUAUGUAUAAUUCUUUCAAUGUAAUUCUGAAAGCUGAAAACAGAACAGCCAUGACAUUUCACGCUGAGCAUGUGGUCUCAGUGAGGUGAUAAUCAUCAAAUUGCACAUACAGGUUUUACUAAGAUAAAGAUACAGUGAAGCAAGAAAGAUGGAAGGAGAUAGCCCCAGAACUCCACUCCUGAGGCUAAGUGAUGCUUGUAAAGUCUGGUAUGGAAAAAAUGAGCAGGCUUGUCCUAGCUCUUUUCAUUUAAAUGGCAGUAAGUCAAGUGAAGCUCAUCCCAGGCCAUUCCCUCUCUUUCUGUAGCAUCCCAACCCAGACAUCACAGUGGUAGCUUACUGAGGGGAUCUUUACAUACAAAGUCUUCACAAAAUUUCCCCAGGAUCACCACAGGAAAAGGCAGACACCUGUUUUGAGUAAAAAGCUGAAGUUAGUUGAAAUAGUUUGUUAUCCCAGAAAUGUGCUUUUCCACUAGAGCAAGAUCAUGAUUCAUCCGCAGUAAGAGCAUGUAUGUUAUAUUAUGUGCAAAGGAUCAGUGUCACUUUUUUGUCUACAUGCCAUUUCCUACAAUCCUGCCCGUAUACACAUACAAAAGAUGAAGCAAGGAUCUUUGCAGGACAUCUUUGCUAAUUUACAAUACCUAGUAUUAAUUUGUCAUAAAUGAGUUAUAUUGCACCUAUCUAUGUCUUCAUAAUUAUGUAAAAUUUGGAUAUAAGCGUAUAUUCCAACAGUGGUGAUAAAUGACUUGUAGUACACUAACAGAAAAAAAAAAAUCUUGUAUUAGUCCUUAACAAUACAUUUUCAUAAUCAGUGAAAUGAUUUUUUAACCUAUGGGAAAAUGCUAGAACAAAAUUAAACUGGUAAUCACAUUCCUUUGAA